UAUGUCUGCCUAAAGACUUUAAACCUAAAGCCUUAAUCGACUACAAGUCUACAGCCCAUCUCAUCUGUUACGCAACCACCCACCACUCCACCGGCGUCUUGAUCCUUGCCACCACCACGACCGACGACACCACCAGACAGCAGUCUAUCCCCUUUUCACCGCGACUCCGGCCACAUCUGCUAUCGCCCGUUCUUUUCAAAGUCAUCCCAAGUAAAUGCCAAGUACCGAUGGAAACAUUGAGAAUGAGGAGUACUGGAACAUUAUUCACAUUCCAGAUAAGGCACCUGUUCCACCAAAUUUGCAACCCACAGUGAAUGCCUAUGCUUCAAUAAUAAAUCCGAAACAUGCUAACACACUUAUAAGGAAGCUGAAUAAGAUUUUUCCUCUCGAAGAUCUUCGUCAUGUGAAGCGCAUACGCAAGAAGUGUGUUGAAGGAAAUGUUCAAUUAUUGGUGAUAUUAUGUCUGGCUUCUGAUGAGAGUGGCCAGUUGGAAAACAUACCCAGUGAUAUGGUUGAGCUUAUUAAGUCAUACCAGUUGAGUACAUUUAUCACAAAAGUAUCCAAACACGCAGCAACAUCAGAAGAAGAAUGGGAAGAACAGUGCAAGCUAUGGCCAACUUCAUAUCAUCCACCAACCUACAAUAUAGACGGCAUCACUGGAUUUAGUGAAGAAAACUCACAAUCAGUUUUUGAGUUCAUGAAAUUAGCUAUUGAAUUGGCAAAAUCUGUUGAUGGUCAGAUUGUAAAUGCUGCUGUUAUUGUGAAUCCAACGUCUAAUCAAGUGGUAGCAAGAUCAUGUGAUCAGGUUUUUUUUCAGAAUCCUUCAACAAGGAACAGUACUGGAGAAGGGUACCUAGAACCAUUUGAAACUAUGUCUUCUCCCAUCAUUCAGGGACCGCAAACCCAUACAACUUCAAGUUCACACUCUUCCAUAAAUGAACAGAAGAGAACAUAUAGUGAUGUUUCUUGUUUACAUCCUUGGCAAUGGGCUGAACAACAGUCCCAAGCAAGUUGUUUCCGCCACCCUUUUCACCAUGCUACUAUGGUAGCUAUCGAAAAUUCUGCUGCCAGAGAUAGAUAUCUCUUCCCUGCUAGUGAACACAUAGUUGAUAAAUGCUGUCAGGCUGAUGUUAUGGAUGGUACAGUAUCUUCUUCAAAAAAGCAAAAGACUGAAACAAAGGUAGAGGAUUUUGGAAUACAAAAUAUCGAACCUAAUGCCUGUGGUUCCAUGCCAGUCAGACCAUACUUGUGCACUGGUUGUGACAUAUACCUUGUUUGGGAACCAUGCAUUAUGUGUGCUAUGGCACUUGUUCAUCAACGGAUUAAGCGUAUAUUUUACGCAUUUCCUAAUCUCAAUGCCGGGGCACUAGGAAGUUUGCACAGAUUGCAAGGAGAGAAAAGCUUAAAUCACCACUAUGCUGUUUUCAGAGUCUUUUUACCAGAAACUAUAUUGGAUAGAGGUGAUGUUGUCACUGCAGUUUCUACAAGUGAUAAAAACAAAACGCAAGUUUCAUAGGAGGUGCACUGGAAGAAAUAUCUCACUUGUGAUUGAACCUCCAUACCGCGAGGAAGAUGUUUAUUCAGUCCCCCCCAGCUGUUGGAAAUUUUUGUACUGUAGAAAGGUCAAUUACACUAAAUAUUUAGUAAAAUGAAUUGUACUACAUAAAAGAAUGGCUGAUACAUGAUAGGUUAAUAUACCGACAUUUGUCUACAUUCAGCAUCAAACCCAAACUAAAUUUGAGCAAUUUAUAUUAAAAAUUCCAUAUGAUAAAA